GACUGAUACGGGAAUGACAACUUUGCAAACACUAGAAAUUAAAUAUUAUAAUUUUAAUUUAUUUAGUUAAAUGAACAAUGAAAACCUUUUGUGUUGUUAAACAUUACAAGAAACUAAUAAGAAAUGCAAUAUUACGGAAGUAUUGCAGUAAUGCAGCUGAUGUUAAAAUCGACAAAAUACGUAAUAUCGGCAUUUUAGCUCACAUAGAUGCAGGUAAAACUACAACAACAGAGCGCAUGCUAUUCUACUCAGGGACCAUUCGUUCCAUGGGAGAAGUUCACCAUGGCAACACUGUCACUGACUACAUGGAGCAGGAGAGACAGAGGGGCAUUACAAUCACUUCUGCAGCAGUAUCAUUCCAAUGGAAUGGCAGUCAGAUCAAUCUAAUAGACACGCCUGGCCACAUAGACUUCACAAUGGAGGUGGAGCAAAGUCUUGCCGUACUGGACGGAGCUGUAGUUGUGCUAGAUGCAUCUGCUGGAGUGGAGGCCCAAACGCUGACGGUGUGGCGGCAGGCCAGCGGCUAUCGCGUACCACGGUUGGUGUACCUGAAUAAGAUGGACCGGCCCGGCGCCGACGCGACUGCCUGCCUGCGCUCUGUGCGGGAGCGUCUGCAGGCCACCCCGCUGCUUCUGCAACGGCCGGUGCGGGUGCAGGACCGGCUUAUAGGUCUCAUUGACUUGAUCACGCUAGAAGAAAUAAUAUGGACCCAAGGUCGCGGGAGGAACUUCACGCGGCGGAAACUAACUGAAAAAGAUGACGAGGCUGUAUGGGAGAACUCUAUGAACGACCAUAGAGAACUCAUAGACACACUCUCCUCUUUAGAUGACAAGCUGGCUGAUAAGAUUAUAGAACAAGAGUCUAUGGAUAAUUUGUCUAGUGCAGAAAUUGAGGCAGCCAUCAGAAGGUGUACUAUAGAAAUGUCCGCUUUCCCAAUUGUCUGUGGUAGUUCGUAUAAGAAUAUAGGUGUUCAAACUUUGAUGGACGCUGUGAUAUCGUAUUUACCGUCACCGUUAGAGUGCAAUGAGUUGUACAAGAGUUUUGGUAAAGAUUUAUCAGCGAGAGCAUUCAAGGUGCAGCACGAUGAUCAGAGGGGCGUACUGACUUUCUUGAGGCUGUACAGUGGGGAGAUCAGUAAGGCGCAGAAGAUUUAUAACGUGGCACGAGACAAGAGUGAACAGGGCGGUGCGUUAUACGUAGCACUAGCAGACGAGUACAAACCGGUGGAGACGGUCACGGCCGGCAAUAUCGCUGUCGUCAGCGCGCUCAAGGCGACUAUGUCCGGAGACCUGGUCACGUCCACCCAAGCUGCCGCGAACCGAGCCAAGAAACAGUUGGCCACCACACUCGCAGACAGCAGUCAGCUGGAUAGGCUCGCGUUGCCGAGUGCUCACCAGCGGAUCCAGGGUUUGGAGACAGAGCCCACGAAGGAAGAAUUGGCUGAUAUACUGCUGGGAAUCGGUACGACGGCACCGCAGCCGGUAUUCCUGUGCUCGAUCGAGCCACCAAGCGCCGCAACCCAGACCGCGCUGGAGACUGCGCUGGCGCAGCUGCAACGCGAGGACCCCAGCCUGCAGGUGUCCGUCGACGACGACACCGGACAGAUGGUGCUCGCUGGUAUGGGCGAACUGCAUUUGGAGAUAAUAAAGGAGCGCAUAGUCCGCGAGUACAAGAUCGAGGCGGAGCUGGGGCCGCUGCAGAUCGCGUACCGCGAGGCGCUGCAGGCCGCCGCGCGCCGCGCCGCCGCCGUCGACCGCAGCAUCGGCGGCCAGCGGCAGCUGCUCAAGGUCGAGCUGUCCGCCGCGCCGCGCCCCGGCCUGCCGCCAGACAGGAUCUUCAAACUGGACAAGUCCCCGGAGAGCGCUGCCAACCUGUCGCACCUGCACCCGCGCAGCCUGCAGGCCAUCCGGCAGGGCGUCCACACCGCGCUGCAGCACGGACCGAAGAUUGGCUGUCCGAUGGUAGACGUGCAGGUGACGCUGCACUGGUUCGAGUCCGGGAGAGGCACGUCCGACUCUGUGAUCACCGCAACUGUAGCGCAGUGUUUACGCAAGGUGCUGGAGGAGGCGGGCUCGGUGGUGCUGGAGCCGGUGAUGCGGCUGCAGGUGUCGUGCCCCGAGUCGCACUCGGCGCGCGUGCUGGCCGACCUGGCGCGGCGCCGCGCCGCCCUGCACCACGUGCAGCUGCGCCACCAGAACAAGAUAAUCGACAGCCUGACGCCCCUGUCGGAGCUGCUCGGCUACUCGACCACGCUACGCUCGCUCAGCUCCGGGCUGGCCACCUUCACCAUGGAGUUCCACUCGCACCAGCAGAUGUCGCCGCACGACGAGGAGAAGGCCAUCAAGGACGUCACCGGCUUUUAAUUUGAAUUCCAAAUAUAAAAAGUAGAGAUGCAUUGUAAAACAAUUUGUAUAUGAAUUUUUCCCACUUAAAAGUGGGAAUAUAUUAUUAAAGAGUGUGCAGAACGCACCUUUUUAGAGAAUAUUUUUAAAUUUUAUAUUUUUAUUUUGUUUUUUUUUUUUUUAUAUCUGACAAUAUCAUGAUUCAUUAUUAUAUUUUUCUCUACCACUA